CUGUCAUAUAGCUCAGUGCAAGACUUCAGUGAAAGUAAAACUAAACAGAUGAACAGGAAGCUUCUUCAGAACAACAUUUCUUUUCAGAAACUCUGAAAUUAACAAUCAAAUCUUAUAUUAACUCACAGUCAUGGCGUCCUCCAGUGGUCCAGCACUAAAUGAGGAGCUCCAGUGCUCCAUCUGUCUGGAAGUGUUCACUGAUCCAGUCACCACUCCAUGUGGACACAACUUCUGCAGAACCUGCCUGUGCAAGCGCUGGACGAACACACAGAUCAGCUUCUGUCCAUGCUGUAAAGAAAUAUUCAGCAGAAGACCUGAUCUCAAGAUUAAUACAACACUCAGAGAGGUUGUGCAGCAAUUUAAGGAGAAGCUCAAUCUAGGAGAAUCUAAAGGGUUCUGUGACAUCUGUGGUGAAAGAAAGCAGAAAGCUGUGAAGUCCUGCCUGACGUGUCAAAGCUCUUACUGUGAUGAUCAUCUGGAGCCUCAUCUCAGAGUCCCACGUCUAAAGAAACACAAACUGAUCAACGCUGUGGAAAAUCUGGAGGAUUAUAUAUGCCAGAAACAUGAGAGACCUCUGGAGAUGUUCUGCAGAGAUGAUCAGACGUGUGUUUGUAUGUUCUGCUCUGAAGGAGAACACAGGACUCACAACACUGUUCCUAUAGAGGAGGAGAGUCGAGAGAAGAAGAAUCAGCUGGUUCAGAGACAGACUGACGUUCAUCAGAUGAUCGAAGACAGAAUGAAGAAGAUUCAAGAGAUCAAACACUCAGUAGAUCUGAGAAAGAAAAACACAGAGAAAGAGAAAUCCUCCACUGUUGAGAUCUUCACUGAUCUGAUCCGCUCUAUUGAGAGAUGUCAGUCUGAGCAGCUGAAGAUGAUGGAGGAACAGCAGAAAGAAGCAGAGAAACAGGCUGAAGAUCUCAUUAAAGAGCUGCAGCAGGAAAUCACUGAGCUGAAGAAGAAAAACACUGAGCUGGAGCAGCUCUCACACACUGACGAUCAUCUCCACCUCAUACAGAUGGACCCAUCCCAGUUCAAUCAUCCACCCACCAAGAACUGGACUGAGAUCAGGAUUGACUCUGAUGUGAAUGUGAACUCUCUGAAAAGAGUUCUGACUGAACUGAAGAAAACUCUAGAUGGGACACUAAAUGAAAAACUCAGUCAAAUUGUGUCCACAGAGUUGAAGUGUGUGCAGAAGUAUGCAGUGGAUGUGACUCUGGAUCCUGAUACUGCACAUCCAUAUCUCAUCCUGUCUGAUGAUGGAAAACAAGUCAGUGAUGGAGACAUUAAGCAGGAUGUCCCAGAAAACCCAAAGAGAUUUGAUGCCUGUACCAGUGUUCUGUCAAAGCAGGGAUUCAGUUCAGGGAGAUUUUACUAUGAGGUGCAGGUGAAGGGAAAGACUAAGUGGAGUUUAGGAGUGAUUAAAGAAUCCAUUAACAGGAAGGGGACUAUCUGGCUGAAACCUGAGGAUGGAUACUGGACUGUGUGGCUGAGGAAUGAGAAUCAAUAUAAAGCUUUGGAAAGUCCAUCUAUCUCUUUAUCUCUGACAGUGAAACCUGAGAAGGUGGGAGUGUUUGUGGAUUAUGAGGAGGGUCUGGUCUCUUUUUAUGACGUGGACUCCAGAUCUCAUAUCUACUCUUUCACUGGUCAGACUUUCACUGAGAAACUCUAUCCAUAUUUUGGCCCAUGCCCUAAUGAUGAAGGUAAAAACUCAAACCCACUGAUCAUCACACCUGUCAGCUGAUCCGCAUAAAAAAUAAAAAAAAAUCUGAAAAGAUUUACUAUGAAUGUGAUGUUUUCAGAAUAUGUAAAUGAAAACCAAAAAACAAUUUGCACAAUCAAGUACAUCAACUAUAAUCACGGUCAGAAUUAUUGGCAAUAAAUAUUGGUAAAUAUGAGCAAAGGCAGCUGUGAAAAUAAAUCUGCAUUGUUAAUCCUUUUUUUCUUUUAUUAAAAAAAAAAAUAAUAAUUCAAAAAUCUCACCUUUCAUUGAAAAAAAAAAAACUGUAAAUAUGGGAAUAUGGGAAUAUACUUCAGAGAUAUUUUACUUAUUAAAAAUUUACAAUAAUUGUGGCCAGUGUGUUUUGGAGAAAAACAUUUAUUUCAUAAAAUGUUAGAUUUUUUUUUACAAACAAUUUGAAUGAAAGAUCAAAAGGAUAAACAAUUCAUAUUUAUUUUUACAUCCAUCUUUGAUCAUAUUUAACAAGGGUGCCAAUAAUUCUGGCCAUGACUGUAUAAUGAAAUAUUUGUGAGUUUUAUGUUGUUUGAAAAAAAUAUAUUUCAUCACGGCUACAUUUGAAUGGCCAAAAUGAGUCUUUAUAUUUCUAAUCAAGAUUUGUUUGCUUUUCUCUUUCAUUUAUACUUUGUUUUUGCUUUUCAAAUCUACUAAAUUUUACACAAUUUGGUAUAAUAAUAUUAUAUGGCGAAAUUUUACAUAAUACGCACAAUUUCCAGAGUGUUUCUACAUAUUAUUUUGUAAAGAAAUCUCUGUAGCCAUUUUCUCUCUCCUCUCCUGCUGUUAACAUUGAAUUACUUGUGAAAUAUUGUGGUUCUUGAUUUACUGUAUAUUUUAAUAACUGCAGCAAGUAAAUAAAGACAAGUGUUCAAUUC